GUCUAGCGCUUGACAUCAAUAAAUCACUGCAACCAUCUCCCCUGCGCCUGAUUAUACAAACGAGCUACAAAAUUGAAAUGGCAGCUCGAAAAGCCAACCCUCAUGUCUCUCAUCAUCCUCCAAUUAUCUCCUCCAAUCCUUUAUCUAUCAAAGCUUUAUUAUCUUUGUGCUUCACGUUAAUGUUUCUUGAAGGAGCUUUGGUAGCAGGGAUGGAAGGUUUCGCGACCACUGGAUUCAAAGCGUCUUCCUCUGCAAGUCGAAUUACCGAGAACUCCGGCCGCGCCAAUAACCUCGCAGAGGUGGGUAAACCUGGAGAAUCAUCCGUUCUCCACAACCAACAUGGGCACUCAGUUGGUUCCCCAAACUUAAACGGCGAAAACGGACGAGAUCUGCUGCAUCGAGCAGGUAGCAGCAACCCGACUCGAGGGCAGAAUUUCGAUCCCGCUUCUCAACUAAGACUAUCGGUCAUUCCCAAGAAGCAGAAGAGCUCGAGCUGGAUCAAAAGACAGUGGAAGGAACUUCAAGCCCUGCUCAAAAAGAUGUUCAAUCUUGACUGGACCCGAAAUUUCUUUCGUCGAAUUGGGCGUGCUAUCAGCGGAAAAUCCCAGCAACCAGUCGGGGGUCCACACCAAUAUUCAGCAAUACCUCAUCAUCAAUACAAUCAGCCGUAUGUCCAUCCAGGCUAUACCUUUGAUCCUGGACAUGCCGUCCCUGCCGGAGGUGGAAACAUAGGAGGACUCCAACAAAUGGCACCAGAAUACUUGCAUGGAAUAAGAAUGAGGGCCAAAUUAUCGGAAUCUGCCUUCACGAUGCCUGUCAAAUUUUUACCUGGCUAUAUGCGAACCAACAGAUACAUCGAGCCUGAUCAAGAGAGUUUCUUCAGAGCAAUCUCAACCAUCAAGUACGGGACACAAGAUUCUCAUGCACUCGUCAAAGCCGAAAUAUUUGAAUACGUCAAAGCAAACCCUCAGAAAUUUGCCAAAUUUUUGCCAGACGAUGGAAGAGAAUACAAAAAUAAAGUGUUUGAGUUUAUUUAUAAUAAGACUCCUGAACGACGUCUCAUUUCUGGCCAUGGCUUAGAGAUGAUGGCUUUUGCAGAAGGAAACAAGCUCAACAUUGCGUUUGCAGCCGAUACGAAAGACUAUGUGUCUACUGUGAUGUAUCCCUUUGGUCAACCAAGUCAUGAUCACCACGGGAUCAUCUUCAUCAAUAAUAACUAUGAGAUCUUAAGAAAUGACAUUCCCACCAGAAUGCACCCAAAACAAGCCUGA